AUGCCGCAGCAGCAACAACAACAAGGGCAGCGCCCUCAAUAUCAAAAUAACCAGUAUCGACAGAGAAGGGAUAGAAAGAUUGAUCCGAUUCCUAUGACAUAUGCUCAGUUGUUGCAGCACUUGCUCAUCAUUGAGAAGAUCACUUUGAGAGACGCUCUGAAUGCUCCGGAUCGUCAGUCUCCAAACUAUAAUGCGAAUGCACGUUGUUCUUUCCAUUCUGGUGCUGCUGGACAUGAUACAGAGAGGUGUAUUGCAUUGAAGAAUAAAGUCCAAGAUUUUUUAGAUCAAAAGGUCAUUCAAUUCACUCCGACACCCAACAUUGUCAAUAAUCUGAUGCCAACUCACGGAGGCUCGGGUGUGAAUGCUAUUGAGAAUGAAGAGAUAAGUGUUGUAUCUGAUGUGGGCUGUUUGACUUUCCCUCUUGUGUCUGUGAAGCAACAUCUGGUUAAUAGCGGCAUUUUCCCGGGUUAUGGUGUCGAUUGUGAGAAUUGCAAGAAUCGACUUGAGGGCUGUAUUGAUUUGAAGAAUAUGGUUCAGAGAUUGAUGGAUGAAGUUUCUCUCCAGUUCUAUAGAAAGAGAAAAAACGUGAGGGUUGCAAACGACGAGGUGGUGGUAAUUGACAUUCCAUAUGAUCCUGUGGCUCCUAUCAGUAUUCAGGUGCCUGUUCAGAUACCUAUCAUCAUUCCUUAUGCAGAGCAACCAGUAGCAUUAAUGAUCACUGUUCCUGGGCCGAUUCCAUAUGAGAGUGAGAAGGCCAUUCCUUGGCACUAUGGUUCAGAUGUUACUGGUAGGAUCACUCGCAGUGGUAGGGUGUUCCCUCCUCAGCUUGUACAAAACAAUGCAGAUGCCUUGGCUAAGGCCAAAGGCAAACAAGUGGUGACUGAUGGCCAGAACUCUCCGGUUCAGAAUGGGGCACCUGGUAAUGCUGUAUCUUCCGAGGAUGUGGAGGAGUUGUUGAGAAUCAUCAAGAAGUCUUAUUACAAAGUUGUUGAGAAGUUGGGUCAAAACCAAUCAAAGAUUUCCAUAUUGCAAUUGCUGAUGUGUUCGGAGUUAGAGGCGGUGGCUAAUAAUAUUUCAGCUGGAAAUGAUUUGGGGUUUACUGACCGUGAUCUUCCCCCUGAGGGGAGAAACCAUAACAAGGCUUUUCAUAUUUCAAUGGAGUGUAAGGGGACGACCUUGUCUCGUGUUUUGGUUGAUACUAGUUCUUCCUUGAAUAUGCUUCCCAAAUCGGCCCUCAUGAGAAUUGACUAUGCUGGUGUUGAGUUGAGGCCCAAUGAGUUGGUGGUACGCGCUUUUGAUGUGUCAAGGAGGUCUGUGUUCGGAGAAGUAGACCUGCCAAUCCAAAAGUUGAAGUCUCUAGUGGAUGGUAAAAUGGUGACGGUUUGUGGUGAGGAGGAUUACAUCGUGAGUCACUUGUCUUCUUUCCGAUAUGUUGAGAUCGAAGGUGAAAUACAUGAGACGCCGUUUCAAGCGUUUGAAGCCAUGAAUGCUGUGAGAACUCCUCUUCGUGAGAUAAUGAUACCAGAAACAAUUAUGUCUUCCUUGAAAGAUGCACAGGUUGUUGUUGAGACUGGAAAGGUGGAAGGCUGGGGGCAAGUGAUUGAUGUGCGUCCCAAUUUUGACAAGAAUGGUCUUGGUUUAAGUCCUGGACAGCAGAAUGCAUCAGUUAAGCCUAAUAUCCUCAGCCCGAUCAAGUUUGUGAGUGGUGGAGUGAUUCAGAACGGCCAGUUUCGUGUAGUUAGAAUGGCAGGCAGAGACGUUAUGCUAUAUCCUGCGGCAUUGUCAUCGGUUUACUUCGCAGGUACAUCCUUUCAAGUGCCUCAUAUCAGCGUAUUGGUGGAUCUAGCCAAGUGA